AUGAAUCAUUUCAAUGCUCAAUAUAUUCAACCAGGUUUAUGCGAAAAUCAAUGUCAUUGUCCAAAAGGUGAAAAUGUUGUCCAUUGUGAUAGACAAGAUCAUUUAUAUGGUGUACCAACUAAUUUACCAUAUGGUAUAACAAAAUUAUUUAUACAACAAAGUGAUUUCCCUAUACCAAAUUCAUUAAAUCAAGCUAAUAUGACUGGUUUAGAAAAAUUAGAAUAUUUACGUAUUAUUUAUUGUAAUUUACAAUUUAUUGAAUCACGAACAUUUAUUAAAAUGAUUGAAUUAAAACAUUUAGAUUUAUCUCAUAAUUCAUUAAUUCGUAUAGAAUCUUAUACAUUUUAUGGUUUACAAUUAAAUCAUUUAUAUUUAAAUGAACAACAUUCAUUACCCGAUAAUGGUAUAUUAUUAACAGAAGAUUCAUUUCAUGGUUUAUCAGCAAAUCAAAUUAAUCUACGAGGGAAUCGUAUACAAUCUAUUAAUUAUGAAAUAUUUCAUAAAGUAUCAAGUUUAGAUAGAUUAAUAUUAUCUGAUAAUUUAAUUACAAUAAUUGAUGAUGAAUUUGAAAAAUAUUUUAAUUAUCCUAAUAAAUUACUUGAUUUAACUGGCAAUCCAUUAGAAUGUAAUUGUCGUUUAGCAUGGAUGAUACAACGUAUUAUAGAUUGGAAAAAUACUUUACCUGGUUUAAAUAUGACAUGUAUACAUUUAAUUAAAAAAGAGAAUUCUAUAGAAAAUAUUAAAAAUAUAUAUGAAUUAAUCAAAUUAACACCGGAACAAUUAUGUCCAACAUCACGUAUACAACAAAUUUUUAUUAAUAUAUUAGAUGAUACAAAUCGAGCAUUAAUAUCAUGUACAGCAGUAACUGUACCAAAAUAUUCACAAUAUUUAUUAUAUAAUACAAAUAUGAUUAUAUCAAAUAAAAUAUUAAGUCAUACACCACCAGGUGUAGCAUGGCGUUAUAUAGAAAGUGGACAAUUACGUGAAGUAAAAUAUUUAACUUCAAUAAAUAAUCAUUUAAUAAAUCAAAAUAAUGAUUAUUUAUAUCAUAUAAAUUCAACUAUAAAUAAUCCAUCAGCAACAGUUCAAUUAAAUAUUACAUUAGAUAAAAAACCACGUAAAUAUACAUGUACUACAUGGGAUGAUAAAAAAGAAACAGAAGAAGUUAUAGUAACAUUAAAAGGACCAGAAUUAAUUAAUUUACCAAAAAUCAAUAAUACAUUAUUAAUUGAUCAUGAAUUAAUCAAUACUCAAACGAAUAAUCGUAAUUAUUAUAUUAAACAAUCAGAUGAUUUAUUACGUAAUGAAAUUUUAUAUGAUCAAUCUUAUUAUUUAUAUCAAAAACAAUUUACAUUAUUAGAAAUGUCUAUUGCAGUGAUUUGUACAUUUCUUACUACAUUAAUCUUUUUAUUAAUUAGUGCUAAAUGUUUACGUUUAUGUAAACAUUAUAAAUUAUUUCAAUUUACAUCAAGUUGUAGUACUAUUGGAAUUAAUGAUACUAAAUCAAUAUAUCAUCCAGUGAAAUUAAUCAAUAAUGAUACCAAUAUGAUCGAACAAAUCAAUAAUAAUAAUAAUAAUAAUAGUAAUAAUACACCAAUGAAAUUAAAUGGUAUCCAUUCAUCAAAUAUAAUCAAUGAGAAUGGAUAUAAUUUUAUAAGAACACAUACAAAUCCUUAUUCACAAAUGAUUUUAUCAACAUUACAUGGUCAUAAUAUUAUUACUACUACUACUAAUACUACUAAUACGACGAUUACUACUACUAAUAAUAAUGGUAGCAGUAAUAAUAAUAAUGAUUUUUCAGCACAAAUCAAUCAAUAUCCAAAUCUUACAAAUCAAUAUUUAACAGUCACUUGUAAUAGUAAUGGUUUACCACCAUUACCAUCACCACCAUCAAUACCAAUUCAUUUAGCAUCAUCAUCUGGUUCAGGUACAGAUGAUUUACAACAAAGUUUAGCUAUAUUAACAUCAACUCCAUUAAUACAACAAAAUAAAUUAAGAAAUCUAUUAAAUAAUGAAACAAAUACAGUUGGAUUAUCACCAUUUUUAACUAAUACACAACCACAUAUAAGAAAUUGGCUUAUAGCGCCUGGAUCACCAUAUUCUAUUACAGGUAGUCAUGUUUAUGAUGUACCUAGAACACUUGAAAUUAAUCAAGGUACAUUACCAAUGUCAACAGGUUUAGUGAAUCGAUCUAGUCUACUCAGUGAAUCAGAAUAA